UCACAAAUGUGUCUGCACUUCUACCAAGCUGUAUGUUCCCCCUCCUCCUCCAGAUUGAUGACCUGCCCAACCUCCAGCUGGGUCAAUUAACAGGCAGCUUCAACAGUUUAAAACCCACCUGGAGCUCAGCUGAUACUCACUGGCCCAAGGACACAAUGGCGAAAGCUUUUGUCAUUCAAGAUAUGAAAAGCUUUGAGUGCUCAUCUCCGUCAGAGCUUGACAAGAAGUUUUUCGGGGAACAGAGUUUGCUGUCUGCUUUGUCGCUGGAACAGCUGUCCACAUCAAGAGUGUCAAAUGACACAAUGGCUGAAGGAUCUGACUCCAGGCUGUCUAUCCUGGCUUCUCUGUGCCUGUCAUCAGACCCCAGUUCUCCCUCUCAGGCCUUUCCAAUGAACAACUUGAACACUCAAGAGACUGACAAUUGUCACCUGGCUGUGCCUUCACACAGACAGUCCUCCACUCCUCACAUGCUUCUUCAAAAGCCAAAAAAGGCUGCUUGUUUUGACCAGUCAUACAGUGAUCUCACUGCCCCUCAGAUGUCGUGGGAUGUGUCAUUGAUUAAAGCAGAAAACGGCUCCAUACCCUGCAUGGAGUCCAGUGCUCUGGAGUCAACAUGGAGUCCAAAACCCCAAUCCACACAACAUUCACCAGCAGAAGUUUCUCCCUGACAUGGCCUAGAAUGUCCCUUGAAACACAACCUUAACAUGGAGAAAAUUCAGAGUUUUGAAAGGAAGAAGUGUAAGGUUUUCAGCUGUGCGUGAUUAUGUCUGCACAGAUGAAUCAAAGUGGAUUUUAAACACUGGAUGUACAUGUGAAGGAUGCAUGUGUGAAGAUUCCUGCAGAGAGCUCUACACUUUUAACAAAGUUUGCUUAAAUAUUUAAAUAAAAGUAUCUGACUAUUUGCUUAA